CGGAAGAGAAUUCAGGGGUGGUGAGUGCUAGUAAUAGCGCACUGAUCUAUUUUGCCGGAGAUGUCCCGGAUUACUGAACUCCUCUCGUUUCUUUUUCCUUGGUUGGACACAUCUUCUUUCGUGCUACAGAGUCACCCUUAAAUUAAAGUGAGGACCGGGCAGACCACGGAGUCAGUACUGCAUCGAGGAGAGUGGGGCACCGCCGAUUCUCAUGGUGAAACAUCUUCACGCACCGAGCUGAUCCUCUAACGGACCCCCUAUGUGGCGCCUUGCGACCGCACCGGCCUGCACUUUAAUCAGUUUCGAGUUGUGGGAUUAUUAUUAUCAUGUAUUCCGCCAUGCCGAGCCUCUCAUGCUAAUUCGCCGUCUACUAGCCUAGCGCCCUUCAUGGAAUGCACUCCGUACUCCAUAGUGGCUUGAUCAAGUUUUGACCGCGUGCUUACUACUCCUUACUGAUCCUCCUCUAGUACGAGCUGUACCAACGCCAAAGCUUUGCCUAGCUUUUUGCCCAGCUCUUCGAACUACGUGGACUCUCCACCCUUACCCUGCUCGCCGGCCGGUCCUCCGAAUCGAACUAAACUGCCCCUGGCGAUUACUCCGCAAUGGCGGCUAUGAUGGAACAUGGUUUCCUCCCUGUCGUGAAUGGCCAUCGGUGGGCAAGACUUUGUUCCUAUUCGCCCGUGCAAAGUUCAGCAGACUAAACCUAGCCCAAGGAGUGUAUGAAGGGUGGAUUGCUGUGGAUGCCGAAGCCAAGAACUCCUGCGGCAUAAUUAAUACUGCCGUUGUUUGAUGCAUGCUGCAUGCCCCCAUUGACAGCUUUCUCGUACCCCAACCCUCUUUUCAUUCCUUCUCCCUCGGGCCCUUGUUGUCAUUAUGAAGUAUACUGCCCUGCUCGCAGCUUUCGCUGCCCACGCUGCUGCUGUCAGCGUCUCCGGUGCUGCCGAGGGCUUUGCCAAGGGCGUUACUGGUGGUGGCUCUGCUACUGCCGUCUACCCUUCUACCACCAGCGAGCUGGUCUCGUACCUUGGUGAUGAUGAGGCUCGCGUUAUUGUCCUGACCAAGACCUUUGACUUCCGUAACACCGAGGGUACCACCACUGGCACUGGCUGCGCUCCCUGGGGUACCGCCUCUGCUUGCCAGGUUGCUAUUGACCAGAACUCCUGGUGCGAGAACUACGAGUCCAGCGCUCCUUCUGUCUCGGUCUCCUAUGACAACGCCGGUGUUCUUGGUAUCACCGUUGCCUCCGACAAGACCCUCAUUGGUUCAGGCUCCGCUGGUAUUAUCAAGGGUAAGGGUCUGCGUAUCGUCAGCGGUGCCAGCAACAUUAUCAUCCAGAACAUCGCCAUCACCGAUAUCAACCCCAAGUACGUCUGGGGUGGUGAUGCCAUCACCAUCGAUAACAGCGACAUGGUCUGGAUCGACCACGUUACCACUGCUCGCAUUGGCCGUCAGCACAUUGUCCUGGGUACCGAUGCCUCCAAGCGCGUGACCAUCUCCAACAGCUUCAUUGACGGUACCUCCACCUACUCCGCCACCUGCGAUGGCUACCACUACUGGGGUAUCUACCUUGACGGUUCCAACGACUACGUCACCCUGAAGGGCAACUACAUCUACAAAACCAGUGGCCGUGCCCCCAAGGUCCAGGGCAGCACCCUUCUGCACGCUGUCAACAACUACUGGUACGACAACUCCGGCCACGCCUUCGAGAUUGGCUCUGGCGGCUACGUCCUCGCUGAGGGCAACGUCUUCCAGAAUAUCGACACCGUCGUCGAGUCGCCCGUCAGCGGAUCGCUGUUCACCUCGCCCUCCACCAGCGCCAACAAAGCCUGCAGCAACUACCUUGGCCGUGUCUGCCAGGUUAACGGAUUUGGAAGCUCCGGUUCCUUCAGCCAGUCUGAUACCGGCUUCUUCUCCAAGUUCUCUGGCCAGAACAUCGCGACUGCUACUGCUUACACCUCCGUGGUGUCCAGCGUUACUAGCAACGCUGGUCAGGGUAACCUGUAAGCUGGUCUUACAGCUUGAGUUGGAAUGGUGAUGGAGCACAAUGGUAUAGCAAUAUAGCACGACUGUAGUUUGUGCUUAUGUUCGUGAUUUGUGCAUGUGGGGGAUGUGAAGGAUGGAUGUUCGAGUAUUCUAGAAAAAGGGG